CGAAGAAGAAAAACGAGAACUACAUUAACCAGAGUUCUUUGCGAACGCAUGUCGGAAGCUGGUGAUGAGGUCAAAAACAAAACCGGCCGGCAAGUGGUAGCCAGUCCACGCGUGGAGACCUGCUGAAGUGCCACGAAUGGCUCUCCGGCUGCUCAAAGUCCCCACUCUGGCAACAGCAGUGUUUGCCUCUUCCGGAUUUUACCUCUACAAUAGACGACUUGAUUUCAAUGAUCUAAGUUUGAUCCGCUUUGGACGAGCUGCUGCAACUACUGCUGUCAUCAGCUAUGACUAUCUGACUGCUUUCAAAUAUGUGGAAUAUGGCACAGAGGAAUAUUGGGCCGUCAAGUCCAAGGUACAUCGACGUUCAGCAGAGCGUCUUCGAGAUCUGUGCUGUGCAAAUCGUGGUACCUUUAUCAAGGUCGGACAGCACCUUGGUGCACUGGAUUAUCUCCUUCCGGAAGAGUACACAUCCACGCUGAAAGUACUCCAUAGUCAAGCUCCUCAAAGCAGCAUGGAAGAGAUCGAGCAGGUCAUCAGAGAGGACCUUGGCAAAGAGCUGUCCGAGUUGUUUGCUUUCUUUGAUGAGACGCCUCAAGGAGCUGCCUCUUUAGCCCAGGUCCAUAAAGCAGUGCUGUAUGAUGGGAGGACGGUGGCUGUUAAGGUCCAACACCCCAAAGUCCAACAACAAAGUUCCAAAGACAUACUGGUGAUGGAGAUGUUGGUAAGAGGAGUCCAUUGGCUUUUCCCUGACUUUGCCUUUAUGUGGUUGGUAGAAGAGGCGAAGAAAAACAUGCCGCUGGAGCUGAACUUCCUUAAUGAAGGACACAAUUCAGAAAUUGUUUCAAACAAGCUGGCCCACUUGACCUUUCUCAAGGUUCCUCUAAUCCACUGGGACUUGUCCACGAAGAGGGUUCUGACCAUGGAAUUUGCUGACGGAGGGCAAGUCAAUGACAGGGAGUACAUGAAGGCGCAUGGCAUCAAUGUCAAUGAGAUUUCAGAAAACCUGGGCAAGAUGUACAGUGAAAUGAUUUUCAUCCACGGCUUUGUUCACUGUGACCCCCACCCUGGCAAUGUGUUGGUUCGAAAGUGUCAAAAAAGCAAGAAGACCGAGAUCAUCCUACUCGAUCAUGGCCUUUAUCAGGUCUUACAACCAGACUUCAGAGUAAACUACUGCCGGCUCUGGCAGGCUCUGAUUCAACAGGACAUGCCCGGGGUGGAGCGUUACAGUCGCAAACUGGGAGCUGGUGACCUAUACCCACUGUUUGCUUGUGUACUCACCGCUCGUUCCUGGACUGCCGUCAACUCUGGUAUCAGUUCUGUGCCUGUCACACUCUCAGAGGAUGUCGAAAUACGGACCAACGCAGCUCUUUACCUGCCCCAAAUCAACGACCUGUUGAACAGAGUUCCCCGGCAGAUGUUGCUGUUAUUGAAGACCAAUGACCUAUUGAGAGGAAUUGAAACCACGCUACAAACAAGAGCGUCGUCGUCCUCCUUCAUCAAUAUGUCGCGCUGCUGCAUACGUGCUUUGGCCAGACAUAAAAGGAGUAAGAUUGAAUCCAGAAGGAGACGUCUGCAAAUCACACUGACAGAGUGCUUCAACCUCUGCAGACUUAGUAUGUAUGAGUUAUUUCUAUGGUUGAAGGGUUCUCUGUUGGGACUCAGGGUUUCUAAUCUACUCGCAUUUUUACACUGAGACAUAUUCAAAUUCUACAACUUGUAGAUGCACACCGAAUCUCUAUCUGCUUGUCUACUUGUCUCACAAAUUACUUAGUGGUUUACAUGUUAAUGUUGGAAAAUGAAGUCAAUACUAUAUCCAGUACUGUUAAGUACCGACACAUGUUUGAGUAUUUGGAUCAAACCAACCUUUGGACCAUUGAUGCGGUGCAAUCAUAUCAUACCUCAGGAUGCUACAGUUGUAUCCAGUAUUUGCUGUAAACUCAAGGUAGUAAUUAUUUGUUUAACAAACGCGAGUUACUGAGUCAAUCAUUCCACUAAUCACAUUCUUGUGGAAAGAUCAUUAACACACAAACACA